AUGUCUUCCCACGAAGCUGCGGGAAACGCCCCUCCCUCCGCCGUCAUGGAUGCGGUUCUGGUGGCCUCGGAGCCCGUGCCUGAGGGUACCCAGAAGGUUAGCGGCGUGGACUUCGACCGCUUCCAGGGCCGUGAUAUCACGGUCGCGGAGAUGGUGGACAACAUGAAAUACAUGGGGUUUCAGGGUAGUGCGGUCGCCGAAGCUGCCCGCAUCGUGAACGACAUGCGAGCCUAUCGCCAUCCAGAAUCCGGCGAGAAAACGACCAUCUUCCUCGGAUAUACCUCCAAUCUGAUCUCGUCCGGCCUCCGAGACACCAUCCGCUACCUGGUUCGCAACCGUCAUGUCUCCGCCAUUGUCACCACGGCGGGCGGAGUGGAGGAGGAUCUCAUCAAGUGCUUGGCUCCAACCUAUAUGGGCUCCUUCACCGCUCCCGGUGCUGGGCUUCGGGCCAAAGGAUUGAACCGGAUCGGCAACCUUAUCGUACCGAAUAGUAACUACUGUGCUUUUGAGGACUGGUUGAUUCCUAUUCUGGAUAAGAUGCUGGAAGAGCAGGAGGCGGCUAAGAAGAAGGCACUGGAGACGGGCGAUGAGGAGGACGAGUUGCAUUGGACCCCCAGCAAGAUCAUUGAACGCCUGGGCCGUGAGAUCAACCACGAAGACUCCGUGCUGUACUGGGCGGCUCGUAACAAUAUCCCGAUCUUCUGCCCCGCCCUCACCGACGGCUCUCUGGGCGAUAUGCUCUACUUCCACACUUACCGGUCCUCUCCCCAACGGCUGCGGGUAGAUAUCGUUGAUGACGUGCGUCGCAUCAACACCAUGGCCGCCCGGGCCGCCCGUGCGGGCAUGAUUAUCCUCGGCGGAGGAAUCGUCAAACACCACAUUGCCAAUGCCUGUCUGAUGCGGAACGGAGCCGAGCAUGCGGUAUACAUCAACACGGCGCAGGAAUUUGACGGCAGUGAUGCGGGGGCCCGACCGGACGAGGCAGUGAGCUGGGGUAAGAUCAAGGCCGAUGCCAAGGCCGUCAAGGUCUAUGCGGAAGCAACCGUGGUCUUCCCCCUCAUUGUCGCCGCCUCAUUUGCACGAGCCAGUGAGGAGGCCCCCAACGGUGAAGCGUCUCAGAACUGA